AGCUCUUUAGUAGUAACUGUAGAAGUACUCGUGCCGGGCGUAGUACGUACUGCGUCGUUCCGUAGGCGCGCGAGCCGGUCGUUUCGUGUUCGUGUUCGUAUUAUAAUAUUAUAAUUUAUAAAUGAUACUGAAAUAUUAUAUCGUCGUGUGUGAUAAUAAUAAUAAAUACAAUUUUAAUCUACAGUAUUGUCGUAUUACAUUUUUUUUUCGUCGUGUUUAUGCGUAUACCGCAAAUAUUCAAUAAAAUUAUUUUUUUAUUCGUCCGAAAACCUCGUACAACAAAUACAGCUGAUAACAUGCAGAUAACGAUCGUCGUCGAGCAGUGUUGAGCACUACCCAGGAGGGACGGCACUCAAGAGUCGCUAUGGAGGCGGCCGGAGGGUUCCUCUUGUUUAUCCGCGUCUUGGCGGGAUUAUGGCUUACAGCCGAUUGUUCUAAGUUCACCGCCGAUGAACUGCUUUGCUCGAUUUACCCGAAAAAAAUAUCUAAUGAUGUCGAUUUAGACCCCUGCAAAGCCGGUAAUUUUAUGGGCGAUAUAGCCGUACCUGAUGUAGAGUACAGUAACAAAAAAGAAAAAGACAGACAAGUUUAUGCAGAAAAAGUAGAAAAAUACAAAAAAGAAAUAAAUGAAGGGCUACAAAUUGAAGAAGAGGGUAUAGUACAAGGGAUGAGUAAGUCAAUUGAUGUAGCACAGAUCAAGAUAAGACACAGACACAACAAUAGGACAAGGAAGAACCACUUAAAUAAGAGGAAAAACAACGAUCAUCGGGAUAAAACAACAGUUCUUGAUAACUCUUUAAGCAGGAACAUUGUCCAUUCGAGGAGACGUAGAGCGGCCACUGCAAGAAAAGAAAGAGUAUGGGAUUUCGGCGUAAUACCUUACGAGAUCGACAGUAGCUUUGGCGGUCCGCACAAGGCGCUGUUCAAACAAGCCAUGCGACAUUGGGAAAAUUUCACGUGCAUUAAAUUCGUUGAACGUAAUCCUGACGAGCACCCUAAUUAUAUUGUGUUCACCGAAAGACCUUGUGGAUGUUGUUCUUUUGUGGGCAAACGUGGCAACGGCCCGCAGGCGAUAUCUAUAGGCAAAAACUGCGACAAGUUCGGGAUCGUUGUGCACGAGCUUGGACAUGUGGUCGGCUUCUGGCACGAACACACCAGACCGGAUCGUGACAAUCACGUGCAGAUCGUGAGAGAUCACAUCAUAGUCGGACAAGAAUACAAUUUCAAUAAAUUAACCGAAGAAGAAGUAAAUUCAUUGGGCCUUCCAUAUGAUUAUGAUUCUAUCAUGCACUACGCUAAAAACACGUUUUCGAAGGGGUCGUAUUUAGAGACCAUACAUCCAAUCGAUGCGGUAAGAAAUUUGAAGAAACGGCCAGAGAUUGGACAACGUGUCCGUCUUAGUGAAGGAGACAUAGCCCAGACAAAGCUUUUGUACAAAUGUUACAGGUGUGGAAAGACCUUGCAGGAGAACAGCGGCAUUUUUGGUUAUUCGCCCGAACCUGGGCAGGAGUACGGAGACAGAUGCGAAUGGCGUAUCACGGCUACGCAUGGCGAACGUAUAGUGUUGAACAUCACCGAACUCGACAUACUGAAAUCAGACCAAUGUAGUAGUGAUUAUUUAGAAAUCCGCGAUGGGUACUGGCACAAAUCUCCACUGCUCGGCAGGUUUUGCGGGAGUGUUCGCAUCCAAGACCUCAUAGUGACUGGCAACAGCAGAAUGCUCAUCAGUUUUAUGAUAUCUGACAAAGGUACAAAAUACAAAGGAUUCACUGCAAAUUACGAAGCCGUUUGUGGAGGAGAAGUCAUGGUAACUGACGAACAAGGGCACUUAGAAUCUCCUAAUUUUCCAGACGAUUAUUUACCGAACAAAGAGUGUAUUUGGAAACUUACAGCACCAGAGGGAUAUCAAGUUGGAUUAAAAUUUAACGUAUUCGAGAUCGAAAACCACGACAAUUGCUUCUACGAUUACGUGGAGAUCAGAAACGGACAUUCGGCCGACAGCCCUUUGAUAAACAAGUAUUGCGGCUACAAGCUACCUUUGGACGUCCAUUCCAGCACGAAUAAGCUGUAUGUCAAAUUUCUAUCAGACAGCUCCGUGCAGAAGGCCGGAUUUUCCGCCACAUUUAUGAAAGAGUACGACGAAUGCACUUCUGUGGAUCAUGGAUGCGAGCAGUUUUGCAUCAAUACGCUGGGUGGAUAUGAUUGCGCUUGUAAAGUGGGUUUUGAGCUACAUUCAGAUAACAAACAUUGUGAAGACGCUUGCGGUGGUAUUAUCGAAGCGACUAAUGGUACAAUUACAAGUCCUUCGUUUCCAGACCUGUAUCCCGGAAAUAAAAGUUGCAUAUGGGAAAUAAUAGCGCCAGUUCAGUUUAAAAUCACGUUGAACUUUACUCACUUCGACUUGGAAGGGAACAACUUACACCAGGCUGAAUGUGAAUACGACCGAGUGGAGGUGUACAGCAAAAUUGGUUCGGACAAACUCAGGAAGCACGGGGUGUACUGCGGUCAAGAAGCACCAUCCAUGAUAACUUCGGAGGCAAAUGCACUGCGCGUGGAAUUUGAGUCGGACAGUUCUGUGCAUAAGACCGGAUUCGCUGCAGUUUUUUUUACUGACAUGGACGAGUGCGCCGUAAACAACGGCGGAUGCCAACAUGAGUGUAAAAACACUCCCGGAUCAUACGAGUGCACGUGCAACAACGGAUUUACAUUGCACGAGAACAAACAUGAUUGCAAGGAGGGUGGUUGUAAGCAUGAGAUUUCGGCCCCACGUGACGUCAUUUCCAGUCCCAACUACCCGGACUCAUAUCCGGGCCGGAAGGAUUGCGUCUGGCAUUUUACCACCACCCCGGGCCACAGGAUCAAAGUGCUGUUCGAUACAUUUGAAAUGGAACCACAUCAAGAGUGCGCGUACGAUCACAUUACGUUCUACGACGGGCCCACGCCGGAUUCGCAGAUUCUCGGACGGUUUUGCGGUUCCAAGAUCCCACACCCCAUAGUAUCCUCGUCUAAUCAACUUUACUUGGCCUUCAAAAGCGAUGCAUCGGUACAGCGUAAAGGAUUUUUGGCUACGCACAGCACGGUUUGUGGUGGUAGACUGAUAGCCACGAACAACGUAAAACACUUUUACUCGCAUUCCAAUUACGGCGAUCUGAACUACGAUAGCGACGCUAUGUGCGAAUGGACCAUCGAAGCCAAAGCCAACAUGAACGUGCACCUGACAUUCUUGACUUUCGAACUGGAAGACGAAAAGGAUUGCAUGUAUGACUACGUGGAAGUGUGGAGUAGCUUGGACACUAGCGGACCGUUCUUCGGAAAAUUCUGUGGACCGACCAACCCGACGGAUGUGAUAUCUACGAACGACGCUCUGUUGCUUCGGUUUAAGACAGACAGCACAAUCGUGAGCAAAGGAUUUUCCGCAUCGUACAUAGCUGUGGAGUCGAUGAACCCUAGUGUCGAAUAUUCAUCGUUGACCGAUGAAGACGACGUUGAUUUGGCCUUCCAUAAGAAUAAAAAAAACAAGAAAAAGAAAAACAAACCGUCGUCGUCGAACCAGACGAAUGGCGAUGGGGACGAUGGCGAUAGUGACGGCGGGGGCGGUGGAGACGAAGAUGACGAUGACGAGGACGACGAUGACGAAGACAUGCUCGCCGUCAAAAGUCCGUGAUGACGAUACAACAUACGAUAUCAUAAUUUAAACAUAGUAACCCGGCGACGACGGACGGUUAAGAAAUCACAAAAAAAAAAAAAAA